AAAGGGCCCCUCAACUGGAGCCAGAAGCUCUGUAUCAGCCCCCACAAUCCUGCUGAUCUCAAGCACCUGCCUCUACAGUUGGUACACAUGGCAUUGUCCCAGGCCAUUCCCUUCUCAGCCACGGAGCUCCUCCUGGCCUCUGCCAUCUUCUGCCUGGUACUCUGGGUGGUCAGGGCCUGGCAGCCUCGGGUCCCUAAAGGCCUGAAGAGUCCACCAGGGCCCUGGGGCUGGCCCCUGCUCGGGCAUGUGCUGACCUUGGGGAAGAGCCCCCACCUGGCCCUGUCGCGCCUGAGCCAGCGCUACGGAGAUGUGCUGCACAUCCGCAUUGGCUGCACACCCGUGCUGGUGCUCAGCGGCCUGGACACCAUCCGGCAGGCCCUGGUGCGGCAGGGCGAGGAUUUCAAGGGCCGGCCCGACCUCUACAGCUUCAGCCUCAUCACUGAUGGCCAGAGCCUGACCUUCAGCCCAGACUCUGGACCCGUGUGGGCCGCUCGACGACGCCUGGCCCAGAAUGCCCUGAAGAGUUUCUCCAUUGCCUCAGACCCGACUUCCUCAUCCUCCUGUUACCUGGAGGAGCACGUGAGCAAGGAGGCCGAGGCCCUCCUUGGCAAGUUCCUAGAGCUGAUGGCAGGGCCUGGGCGCUUCGACCCCUAUGACCAUAUGGUGGCGUCGGUGGCCAGCGUCAUUGGUACCAUAUGCUUUGGGCAGCACUUCCCCAAGAGAAGCGAGGAGAUGCUCAACCUCGUGGAGAACACCCAGGAUUUCGUGGAGACUGCCUCCUCCGGGAACCCUGUGGACUUCUUUCCCAUCCUUAAAUAUCUGCCCAACCCUACUCUGCAAAGGUUCAAGAGCUUCAACCAGAGGUUCCAGCAGUUCCUGCGGAAAACGGUCCAGGAGCACUAUCAGGACUUUGACAAGAACAGCAUCCAGGACAUCGUAGGCGCCCUGUUCAAGCACAGCGAGGAUAACUCCAGAGCCAGUGGUGGCCUCAUCCCUGAGGAGAAGAUUGUCAACCUUGUCAACGACAUCUUUGGGGCCGGGUUUGACACGAUCACAACAGCCCUCUCCUGGAGCCUUAUGUACCUUGUGACAAAUCCUGAGAUACAGAGGAAGAUCCAGAAGGAGAUGGACACAGUGAUUGGCAGGGCGCGGCGGCCCCAGCUCUCCGACAGACCCCAGCUGCCCUAUUUGGAGGCCUUCAUCUUGGAGACCUUCCGACACUCCUCCUUUGUCCCCUUCACCAUCCCCCACAGCACAACCAGGGACACGACACUGAAUGGCUUCUACAUCCCCAAGGAACGCUGUGUCUUCAUAAACCAGUGGCAAGUCAAUCACGACCCGAAGCUGUGGGGGGACCCAUUUGAGUUCCGGCCGGAGAGAUUCCUCACUGCCGAUGGCACCACCAUCAGCAAGACCUUGAAUGAGAAAGUGAUGCUCUUCAGCAUGGGCAGGCGCCGGUGCAUAGGGGAGAUCCUGGCCAAGUCGGAGAUCUUCCUCUUCCUGGCCAUCUUGCUGCAGCGGCUGGAGUUCAGCGUGCCACCAGGUGUGAAGGUGGACCUAACCCCCAUCUACGGGCUGACCAUGAAGCACGCCCGCUGCAAGCAUGUCCAGGCACGGCUGCGCUUCCCCAUCAAGUGAAGAAGUCACCAGCAUGCUGAGGCAGAGGGAAGGGUGGAGGUUACUGAGGAAACUUUGUUUCUUUUCUUUCCUUUUUUAACUAACAGCUUUAUAGAGAUAUAAUUCACGAACCGUAUAAUUCACUUCCUGAAAGUAUACAAUCCAAUGACUUUAAGUAUAUGCACAGAGUUGAGCUGCCUUACCACAAUCAAUCUUAGAAACUUCUUAUCACCCAAAAAAGAAACCCAUACCCAUUAGCAGUCACUCCCCAUUUCCCCCUAACCCACCUUCCCUACCCCUCUCGCCUUAGAUAAUUAUUAAUCUACUUUCUGUCUGCACAGAUUUGCCUAUUCUGGACACUUCGUAUAAAUUCAAUUAUACA